ACAGUACCUUUACAAAGGUCGUUUGUUUCUUGUCGAUAUGUUGCCGCCCAAAACAUGUUUGUUGCUUGUUGGUCUCUGUCUACUUUUCCGGUAUUCGGUUUGUGAUGGACCGAAACUCCGUACAUGUACCACAGACGCUGGUUGCGCCUACCUUGGAGAUGCAUUUUGCGAUUCUACAUCUCCAAGAUACUGCAAAUGUGACUCAGGGUUUUACCCUUACAUUGGUGACACUCCUGUUCCGGAUGCAGGUUCCACAAGCUUGGACGUUAAAUGCUUAGAUAUCAGCGUAUGCCGACCUGGACUUAACCAAUGUAAUUCCCGUGGCGAGUGUUAUAGAUAUGGGGAAGUUUUCAGGUGCGUUUGCGAUUAUGGAUACAGUGGAGAUAAUUGUGAAAUUGACUCCUUCGCUACCACCACCCCGAGGAUGACCAUUACAACCAAGUCACCACGCCGAGGGAUCGGGAACUUUGUGCCCUUUCUGGCCAUUCCUGGAGUGGGAAUAAUAAUAAUUAUUAUCAUAAUUAUUAUAAUUUUCUUCCCGAUGUCAACAAUGGGACCUGUAAAGACCGGUUGAUUUCGGCGGGUUACAGAUAUUCGCACAUGAAGGAAAUAAAUAAAAACCAUUAUAGCAAUUUU